AUGGCCAUGGGCGCAAACGUCGGGGCCCUGCUUUGCUGUCUAGCUGCACUCCAGAACAGCCAGAACAGCGUCCAGACUGGGUGCACAUUUCCACUCCGUGACGGGGCCCCCCUCUCACUCAUUGCCCGGAAGAAUGGCAGAAUGCAACGCACGGCGAUGGCCGGGGCCCACGGGACGAUCAGUCAGGCACGCAGCAGUAAGGGCCCGGAACGGCCAAACACACAUAGUCAGCAAGCCAUCCAGCCGCGGCCCUGGCGCACACACCAGCUGCUCACCGGGUGUCUGGUCGACGGCGAGCUCUCGAGUUUCAGGGACACCGUGACAUUUCUGAAGCGGUGCGCCAGCCGUGUUUCAGAGCAGCAGGGUCACCGAGCUGUGGUAGGGUCGCGCAAGGGCCAGAGCCCAGAGGCCGCAAAAAAGCCUGACUUGGAUUUUGCUGCUGCUGCUGCUGCUGCUGCUGCCAUCCGUUGCCAGUCGUGGGGGCUGUGA